CUGAUGCGUUAAUCACACAUUGCUUAUCUGUUGCCAAUGUGUUCACACGCUAGACCCUCUUUUGGGCUUUUUGUAGUGGUUGCUUUCAUUUUUUGCUCAAUCUAGUAUGGCAGAUAGACAGCAAUGGCUCAACCAGGUGAAAUCUUUAAUUCGUGAAAGUCCUCUGGUAUCAAAUGCGGCUUUUGGCUUCAUCCAAACGGGACUGGAGAAGCUGGUGGAGAUGGAGUUUCGGUGUCCUUGUGACCCUAAAUGGAACGCAUUAUUCUCAUCAGGAUUCUUCAUCAUUCCUGCCGUAAUGGCCUUCACCUUGAUGCUGCUCAUUGAAAAACGCAGAUGUGACGAGUGGUUCAGGAUAAUCGUCUCCAGCUCUGUUCCUGCUAUCGUGUGGCUGAUUUUGUUGUUCUUCGAUGGCCAAUACUUUGCUUGUGCCAUGUCAACCUGGGAGGGUAGAUUUGUAGUAGAUGACAACGAAGCUAAGAUAAAGUGGUGUAAGCCAAAUGUCACCUCCGACAAAGCAGCCACCACACAGAAUUUCUAUUCUAGGUCUCAGGGUAUAGGCGAAGGCCUCCUCCUCGUCAUCUGUGUGGGUCUCAUAGUGUAUGUAUCCCAAGAACGCUGCUGUGGAAGCGGAGGAAUUCAGGCUGAAGGAGAUCCCCCGGGUGAAGGAGAUCGUGCGGGUCAAGGAGAUCGUCGGCCUGGAGGAGAUCGUCGGCCUGGAGGAGAUCGUCCGGGUGAAGGAGAUCGUCGGCCUGGAGGAGAUCAUCCGGGUGAAGGAGAUCGUCGGCCUGGAGGAGAUCGUCCGGGUGAAGGAGAUCGUCCUCCUGGAGGAGAUCGUCCGGGUGAAGGAGAUCGUCGGCCUGGAGGAGAUCGUCCGGGUGAAGGAGAUCGUCCGCCUGGAGGAGAUCGUCCGCCUGGAGGAGAUCGUCCGCCUGAAGGUGUUGAAAUGGAAAACUUAUUGCCAUCUACCACUGAGCCAGUUUGAACCAUAUCCUUUCCAUGUCAUCAUUCCGAUAUAUAUUAUAGAUACACUUUGUUGUAUGUAUUAUACAGUACAUUUAUGUGUCUCUCGUUCAUACAUUCUGCACUUCCCUGCCAAAUUAAUACAAACAACAGAUAAAUUAGGCUGUAGCGUAGAAUAUGGGCAGGGUGUGUCUGUUGCUACUUCACCUAAAAGCAAAUCUUUUAAUACAGAUACAAUAUGGCAAUACAUUGACUUGUUCAUAUGUUGCUACGCAAUAUGUUUAUCACUGAUCUUUUGAGUCAUAAUAAAACAGGCAGUAAAUACAUAUAAAUCAUCAUCCACAACAACACCCUGUAGCAUUUUCUUUUAACUAGAUCAGUGGUGUUUAAUGGCGUAAACACGUAUUCAAACUUUUGAAAAUAAGAAUUCAGUGUAAAUAAAUCAUUGUUUUGUAAGCUUUUAA